CCUUCCUUGUGCCUUCCUUUUCCGUAGGUAUCCCCUCGGUGGCCUCUAUAAAAGUUCGGAAGAGUCUCGACCGCACGCCACACGCGUGAAAGCUCGCAAGUGAAACGCCGCUCGUCGUUCUUCUUUUUCUACGUGCCUCACAUUUCGGGAGUACAUAUCUCUGAGUCGCUCACGCGGGAGAGAAUGCGUACUACGGUAAGCACGCUUCUCGUGAUCGCCUGCUCGUCGCUGGUGCUGGCGAAACCGGCGCCGGAGGCUCCGGUGAGCUCGUACUUUCCACCCUCCGGCGGUGGCGGCGGCGGUGGCGGCGGCGGCGGCGGUGGUGGUGGCGGCAGCUAUGGGCCACCCGCGGACCGCUACGGACCACCUCAGCAAAAUCCGGUGAUUCACAAGCACGUAUACGUGCACGUGCCGCCGCCGGAAGCACCGGAUUACAAGCCGCCGAAGCAUGUGCCGGUGCCGUCGCCGCCGCAGAAACACUACAAAAUAGUGUUCAUCAAGGCGCCGACGCCGCCGACGCCGACCGCGCCGGCAUUGCCGCCGCUGCCGUCACCUGACGAGGAGAAGACCUUGAUCUACGUGCUCGUGAAGAAGCCGGAGGAAGCGCCGGACGUUGUGCUGCCGACGCAAGCACCCACGCAACCGAGCAAGCCCGAGGUCUACUUCAUCCGCUACAAGACGCAGAAGGAAACGCAAGGUGGCGAGUACGGCCCACCGGGGCAUCAACCGGGACCAGUCGACAGUUACGGUGCACCAGGACCGCAGGGUCCCAGCGGGCCGUAUUAGAGUCACGCGUACAAAGAAUUCCGCGUCGGAUCCGUGUCGUAAAACUCGACAUUCUUCAGAGAGAAAGAGAGAGCAAAUUUUACGGGGACUAUUUUUCUCGAUCAUUACUUCGCAGCGUGACGCGAAUGCAGGUCCGGAUACCCGGCGAGAAUUU